AUGGACGGCUAUUCCAAUGUUCUUAACUGGCAUAAACCAACCUUUAGCACCAUCUUUUACCCUUUCUCACGGCCAUUUUACACGAAGGGGGAAUCAACAGUGGAUAUGAGUCUGCUUAUGACUGCCUACAAUACUAAGACGAUUAUGUUGCAGGAGGUACCGCCCAUGCCAUUUGAGCGUUCUUUAAUGACGUAUACUUUGAAAAGGUCAAAUAUUGAUGCUUGUCUCGUUGCUAGGAGAUCUCUUAGACAAGCCGGCCUAGUGGACAUACCGGAGCCCGCCUACUAUAAACAACAUCUGCCUACAAACCUUUUGCCAGUUAACAGCCUGCCAGUUCGCUCCUCCGUAGAAACCGCUGCGAAGCACUUCUUAGCCAACGAUGUGGCCCGUCGCGGCAAAAGCCCCAUCUUUGUUGGGGGGACGCCUGUUCAUAACACUUCGAUUGUUGUUGGUCCUGAACGAGACAAGUUUGCCGACCUUCCUGUCACAAUUUGCUCAGUGUCUGUCCAGCCGACAGAGGGGACUAUUUUAUUUCCCUCUGUUACCGAAGUGACAGCCAUUAAUGCGUCGUCCGAGAAAACAACACUUAUAGUGUCUUCUGCUCCUAGAUCAGGCGUUCACGUCACUAAUCUAUCAGGAGCUGAUACUGUCCAAGAUGUAAUAAAAGAGCCUCCUUCAGAGCUUUGCACAGUUGAUGUUCACAAAUAUAUUCUCAAGGGCGAUAUACAUGAUUUGCUGGGUAUCUCCGGAUUGAGCGGCCAUCUUUACCUAUUCCACAGCCGGGAUAAUGCCAUGCCUACAACGGAAAAGGUCAAGAUAAAGCUGGACGGUUUUGGGAGCGAUCCUUUUGCUGGACUGUUCCCGCAGGUUGGGAAGGAUUUGGCCCAGAGUAUUCCAAUAUCCAACGUCGAAUUCGUUUACUCAGAGGGAAAUACUGAACUGCAACAUACCACUGGGUUGCGGUUGGAUGCUGAUAUUAAGCUUAAAGGUGCCCUUAAGCCAGUAGCAGAUCUGCUUGGUGUUCUCUUCAGUGUCUCCGGCAACACUCCCCCGGAUGCGCUUCAUGUUUCUGCCCACCUAUCUCAUACAAGAGACUGGACUACCUAUCCGAGCUUUUCUUCCCUCAUUCUGCAAGGCUCCUUUGAAAAGAUGUCUUUCAUGGUGGGAGACUUACUGAAAAUCCAAACUGUUGGAGUCGAGAUCGCAUUCACCAAUGUUGCCGAUUUAACAGGCACGGGAAACACUUGGUCCCGGGGUUAUGGUCUUUUUGGUGAGCUUGAGAUUCAUCAGAUUCCUGGCACGGCAGCUCCGCUUCGAGUCACUUGCAAGAUGACCAAGUUUACCCAUAGCUACCAGACGGUUAUGCAGUUUACUUCAACUGAAUGGGAAGACGUUUUUGGCAUAAGUGGCUUAAAUAUCACGGACGUGAAUUUCUAUACCUUCUUCACUAGUAAAUCAAUCAAAGACUCCUUGGUUCUUGCUAUAUCUGCGUCAAUGAAGUUUUGUGAUGCAGAUCUGGUGCUUACUGGUCACUUUUCAAAAGCGGAGACAUAUCUGGAAGCGAGUGUUGGCAAGCUAUCCUGGUCCACGAUUUUAGACUUUUACAGCCAGUUGACAGGAACAUCGGUUGACAACCAGUCGGAAAGCCAUGACAUUAGCUUCGAAGACAUGUACCUCAUCCUGUCCACCAAGAGUGUGGUGAUCGCAGGAAAAGUCCAUUUCAAUGGCCGUACCAGCCUAGAGGGCUAUGUGGAGCUUGGGAAGGACGGCAUUUCAAUUAGGGGUGGCGUGGCCGAUUUUCCUAUCGAAGACACUGGAAUCGAGAUUAAACAGGCCAGGAUCGAUGUAUUUGUAGCAUCAAGGGAAGGCACAUGCGUAUCGAGGUUUUCGAUUCUUGGUAAGGUUUUCUUUAGUGGGAUCACCGUCACAGCUGCCUUCAUGAUAGGUGGCAAAGAGCCUGAGCUCGGUGAGAAUAAGAUAUCAGAAAGGCAAGCCAAGAAAUGGUCCCUGUUUGGCCGAUAUGAAGGCAACCUGCGCCUGAGAGAUAUGUGCCCUGGUCCAAUAGAAGGGAAAAUGGGCGAUCUGGAACUCAGAAAUAUUACCCUCAUCGCUGCGUCUGGAGAAAUGGCUGAAAUUGAAAAGCUGAAUACUCUCAAGUAUCCAUUUAAGAAGGGUAUAUCGCUUUGUGCCACUAUUUCACCAAUGGAAGAACUGAACAACUUUGCUCAACGGGAUAUAGAUGGUUUGAUCCUCAUCGCGACUAUAGAGAGAGCUUUAGCAGUGCAGAUUCAGCUCCCUCAUGCAUUUAAUGUCGAAAUCACCAAGACCGUCAAACUGACUGAUUUCAGCGUUGGCAUUGAGAUUAGCAAAAACCCUAGCUUGAUGGUUACCUCUGUUCUGAACAUCCUCAUGGAAUCAGGAGAGGAUCCGCUUCUACUGGAGGGCAGAAUCAAAGCUGGUCUGCUGGGUGCAUCAGCCUCGGUUGCUACGAAGUCGCCAUGGGUGAACCCGUUUAACAUCAGCAAGGAGGUGACAGUUGUAGAUUUCAAAGUCCUCCUUGGAGUAACCUAUGCAACACUGGCAGUGUCUGGUCCAUCCCAACUGGCUCUUAUGGGUGCCCUUCGAGUUGGAGAAUUGACUGCAGGUGCAGGCAUGUCUAUCAGUCAUUACCCAGAUCAGCAAUUGCUCAAGGCAAAUAUUUCGAGGGUUGAUCUUAUUCAGAUAAUCCGCGUUGCUGGGCAUGUAGCUAACAUUGAGGUUUUGAAAAAUAUGAGUGGGGGUGAGGAUACGUUUGUCUUCACCAAAGCCUAUGUGUAUGUCUCCACCGGAGCAUCCAUCGGGGGAACAGAGUAUCCCCGAGGAAUUUCAGCCGGUGGAAGUAUAACAGCCUUUGGCAAAACUGCCAGGUUCGACCUUCGCAUUGGUGCAGGUGGCCUAUCCUUUCAGGGAUAUAUUGAGAACUUCAGCCUUGGACCUCUGGCUGUAUCUUCCGCGAGAGGAGAUCCACGAGCAAGCAUGGUUAUGCGCAUGACCAGAGACGAACAGGUGAUAAAGGUUGACGGAAUGAUAACCUGCUUUGGUAUUAGAUUGGUGGCACUUGUGGACAUCCAGAUGGGCACCGACACCCCGUCCUUCAGGGCGUAUCUGGCUGUGCAGUUCACAGCCGCAUUCAAGAUCAGAAUUGCGGCAACUGUGGCGGACUUCCGGGAUAUCAAAGAUCUGGCACUCAAAGACCUUUACUUCGAGGGUAGGAUUGAGGGAGAUCUCUUCAAUGUGAUUUACCAGAAUAUCAAGGGGAUGCUCAAGUCAAUCGAGGAAUUAGGCACUCAGAGUCUUGAGUCUCUUCAACACUUCAUAGGAGAAAAAAUCGCUGAAAGAAAGCGUGAGAUGAACAAACUUUCCCUGGAAGUGAAAGAGGCAGAGGUAAAGGUCAUACGAGAGCGGCAAAGGCGUCAGGCUGCCAUGCAACGCGAGGAAGGGAAGCAAGAUGAGGCAAGGGAGGAAAUAAAACGCCUACAGGAUGUCUUGGCUAGCAAGAUAGCUGAUCGCGACCGUGUUGAGAAGAAGCUGAAAGAGAAUGUUGAGAAGGCCAGGCUGGAAAGGGCUGCUCUCAUUCAAUGCAAGAGACGGGAGUACGACGAAAAGCUGCAGCAAGUUAAACAACAAGAGGCUGACAACCGCAGGAGGCUGGAGGAAUUGAAGUAUCGACAACGAACAAAAUAUGGGACGGAUUUCCUCAAAAAGGUGGAUCUUGCCAAGGGAGCUUGGUACGAGAAACAAGCCGCGGAACGGGCCUCGUGGGGCGCCGUUGUGUGGGUCUAUUGGCAAAAGGAACAUGCGGAUGUUUUUACUGUGGCAUACUGGGCCGUAAGACUCGAAGUAGCAAAAGCAGCACACGAAGUUGUCAAGGCAGCAACUGCUGUCUAUCACGAGGCUGCAAGCGGUUUAGAGGCCACUGCCAACUCCGAUGCAUUUCAAACCCUGGUGUCAGGCAUAGAAGAAGCGGAGAAGGGGGUAGAGAGAGCAGUAAACGGGGUUGACAAGCUUAUCUCGGGAGACGGCUUCGACGGCUUUGUCAGAGCUUUUAUAGACACGGAGGAAAGAAAGAUUGAUGAAGCAAUAAAAGCGCUGGAUGCAAUGCAAAACGAAAGCAGUAAAUUGCAAAAAGCAGUCCAAGAGGCUCAGAGAAUACUGGACAGGGAUAGACCGGAACUCGAAAGGGAGAUUGCAGAGGCCGAUGAGGCUAUAGAGCGCCUCCAGGAAGACGCAGAGCUUGCAAAUCUCCAACGGUACUAUGACAGUCAGCUCAAAAUCCACGUUGAGGUACAUAAUGUUAUUGAGGGAAUGGAGGCCAGUCUAGAGACCCUCAAAGAAAACUGGAAAGAGGGUAUGCAUAAGCUUGAAAAUAUGGUGGACAUAUUUCAUAUCGAGAAAAUUGAGGUUGCAGCCCACACUCAUGCUCUGGUCAACAGCAAACCGCUGAACUUUUUGUUUGUUGGAAAUUUGGGCGACAAGCAGUUUGAGAUUCGUGCCGAGUGGUCACCAGGCAAUUCGCUCCAAGCAUUAUAUAAGGAAGUGACCAACGGUAUUCUCGAGUUUGCCGGAGGUAGAGACUAUAUCUUCGGGGCGUGA